GCAGUAUACAGCAGUCAGUGAUGCCAGUGGAAAGACUCCUCAUCCUCUUACUUAUUUGUUUUAGCCGUUGUGUUGCUUGGCGCACAUCAUUCAUGACUCAAGACAAGCAGUAUACAGCAGUCAGUGAUGCCAGUGGAAAGACUCGUCAUCCUCUUACUUCUUUGCUUCAGUCGUUGUGUUGUAUUGGCAAGUUCCUUCUCAUGCUUCACUGAUGGAUGUCGACAUGGAAACGGUGGACUAAGAUGUCAGUCAUGCCACAUCGGUUGCUAUGGAACAAACUGCACCUUCCCAUGUAAUGACAACUGUCACACAGAUGGGUGUAACAGAAUCACUGGGGAAUGUUUUACAUGCAAGCCAGGAUAUUAUGGUCGAGACUGCAAUGUGUUCUGUCCGAGAAGAUGUUCGAGCAACACAGCAGUCACGUAUAUCUAUGACCGCCAUACUGGUGCUUGUUCGGAAAUCUGUGACGGAGGAUUGACUGGUGUACACUGCAAGGAUCAAGUCUGUAACAAAGAAACUGGUCGAUGUAUCUUUGGCUGUGAAGAAACUUGGACAGGAGUGUACUGCAACAGAACAUGUGAUACCUGCCUCAACAGAAGAUGCAGCUGGACCGGAUAUUGUCUCCAUGGCUGCAAACCGGGUUUCUAUGGAGACAUGUGUGACAAAACGUGCCCUCGAUGUUGGACCACUGGCUGUGACAGAGGAACAGGCAUGUGUGAACAGUGUAGUCCGGGUUAUCGAGGAAGACACUGUAGCCACUACUGUUCUGAAACGUGCUACAGAGGCAAGGAUGGACACAGGCACUGCGAUCGUUACAACGGGAAUUGUCUGGAGGGUUGUAAAGUAGGAUGGCACGGUCAUCGUUGUUCCACUCGGUGCAGCACCUCCUGCAACUCGUCUCGUUGUUACAGCCAUGAUGGUGCCUGUGUAGAUGGUUGUAAGCAUGGUUGGCAUGGCAAACACUGUCUGACACCGUGCAGUACAACGUGCAAGGAAUCACUGUGUGCCAGUCAAGAUGGUUCGUGUACCCACGGCUGUGUAAGGGGUUACCAUGGAAAUCACUGUCACAAGAAAUGUAUUAAUUGUAAAAAUGAUGAAUGUGACCAGUAUGGGAGAUGCAGUUAUUGUCAAGACGGAUGGAGAGGAGAGAAGUGCGGACUCCGAUGUCCCAGCGGCUGCCACACAUGUGAUGAAGAUGGCAUCUGUGUGUCUAAGAGUUUGACCAAGAGAUUGUCGGAACCAACCCACGACUCACGUCCUGAUGGUCACACCGACACAUCAUCAGGAUCAGGUGACUCACUCACGUACACAAACACUUUGUGUUCCCUUCUUCUAGCCAUGCAAAUCGGAUAAUGAUGGAGUGUGUUUGUCUGACGGCUUAAACAAGACAAUGUUGGAUGCAGCAGAUGAUUGCCAUGCCGAUCCUCAUAUCACAUCAACAGCCUCAAGAGACUCACACAACAACACACGUCCAUUUCGUCUACCAAGAACGUAUGUUUAAAAGGAAGGAGAACCUGAGGUUCUCUUAGAAAUAUUGGCUUAAAAGCUGGAGUCCUUGAUCCCGUCGUGUUGUGAUAUGGUGACGAGUGAUCAUCCCCAGCAUACUGUAUAGCUGUGAAAUAUGGAGUAACCUAAUGCAAUCGGAAAUAUAUGAACUGGAAAAACUACAACGAUACUUUGCAUGAAGUAUUCAGAACUUUCAAAUCAGAUCUCCAACUGCAGCAUCGACGCAGACGCUCGGUCUAUGGAGCAUGCAAGCUUCUAUUGACAAGGCUAAGUUACUGUAUCUUGGACGAUUAUGCAGGACCCCAUCAGCACAUUCGUAGAAAAAAAGUAUUUUACGUGCGACCUUUUGAACACAAUGAAGAAGUAUGACCUCUUCCACUAUAUACAAGCUUAUGUAAAUGAUGGACAGUUCCCCAAGAAAACAACAUCGAGACAACUAGUACUAAAGUCAGUGUGGAAAUUGGAGACAUCGAGGUGGUCUAACAGUUUGCUGCUUAGACCAGACUUAUCACGGUUUAAUGUCAUUCAUGGAAAACGAGUACCCCAUAGGCUGUGGAACUUGUGUAACUGAUUUAACAUAAUCAAGAGGUCGAUAUAUGCUGUUGUCAAGCUAGGCAUUUUACCGAUAACAACGGUUUGUGUCUGCUCUGUUUCGAUGAGAGUAAUGACAUUGUGAAUUAUCAGCUGCUUGACUGUCAUAAGUUACAGCAUGCGAGAAAUACACUGUAUGAGAAACUAUUUGAUGAUCUGACACUCCAUCAAUAUUUAUUUCUGGAACACUGUGCAGAAAAUGAACUAGAGAUUGUGACACUACUUGGUGGCAUUGUAUAUAUUGUAAAAUGCAUGGACCUUACAACAUUGACGACCUUCAUUAACAUGGUCUCGAGUCAAAUCAGUUCCUGUAACCUACAGUCCCUACAGUAUAUGUGCAUUAUGUAUGUAAAUACUACCCCGAGGAAACUCCGGGGCGGCAGCAAAUGUAAAGAAGUAUUAUCAUCUUUCUUUCAAUAGCCUCUGCAUUGAUGUAAUGUUAGCAUACACACACACACACACACUAUAUAUAUAUAUAUAUAUAUAUGUGUGUGUUGAGACAGAGAGAGAGAGUGCUCUCCGUAAUGGCACACACUCUCCCCUCUCUCUCUUUCUCUCUCUCUCUCUCUCCCUAUUUAUAUAACAACCCUCCGUAAUGGCGUCUGUAUGACCAGUGUGACCAAGAAAGUGUCGGAUCCAGCUCACGACUCCUGAUGGUCACACAGACACAUGACCUAUAUACUUUGUGUUCUCUUUUUCUACCCAUGCACACAAAUCGGAUAGUGAUGGGGUGUGUUUGUCUAACGGCUUAAACAAGAGAUCCCGAUCCAUACCGAUCCUCACAUCACAUCAUCAGCUUCAAGCGUCUCACACACCUACACAUGUUUCAUGUCCCUUUCGUCUAGCAAUGUACACUUAUUGGAUAAUGAUGGCGUGUUUUCUUCUAACAGUUUGAAUAGGACAGUGUUGCAUCAAGCAGAUCCCCCAUGCUGAGCGUCAUAUCACAUCAUCAGGUUCAAGCCCCUCACACAUCUUCAAUUGUAGUUUCUAUUACCUUCGAUUUAUCCAGGAGGGGUAACCUCCUUUUAAGUGUCCCCUCGACACUGAAAACCUGAGAUCUUGUGUACAGUGUGUGAAACCCAUUUCUGGCGUUCCACGUCGUGAUGUUGCUGGAGAACUGCUAAAAUCGCCGUAAAGCCAGACUCAAUCGCCUAAUCCAAUGUAAGCGCUCAAAUCUAGUGUUGACAUCAGAAUGUCAACUGGAAUAAGGAAUAAGGGACGUGACUAGUCCUCAUGCGUCAUAUUCAGAUGGUUAACUUGUAUAUUGCUUUCAACGUUUGUACCGAUACAUUUAGAUACGUAUUUGUCCGCUUUGCUAACUGUAUUUGUCCGAAUGUCUACAUAUUAUCAGAAUAAAGAAUUAAAGU